CAGUCACACUAGAAGUGUCAAAAGGUUUUGACAUGAUGAUCCUACCUGAAACAAAUCUCAGGUUUCAUUCCGCACACCCCUGCGUCAGCAACAGCUGUCUUGGAGCUCGCCUGGGCUCCAGAAGGGGACAAUUAAGUCCUCAGUACAAAGUUUGACGGAAGACUUGAAUUUCUGUGGAGUUUCUCGAGUUUUCGGAAAUACAUAUUUAUUUUACUGUGCAAGGUCAGUCUAGAGAGACGCCAGAGUGGUGGUAUCCCUUCGCAAUGCGAAGAUGGCCACCCUGCUCCCUCCCACAGGCAGCGAUGCGUUCCGCCGCUUCACCCCGGAUUCGCUGGCGGAGAUCGAGAGGCUCAUGGAGAAAAGGAAAAGGGAUGCGGAAGUGAAGGGUUACGUCGACAUGGGGCCCUUGGCUCCGAGCAAGGAUCUGGAGGCAGGCAAAAGCCUGCCCAUGAUCUAUGGAGAUGCUCCCGCAGAGGUGCUCAACACACCUCUGGAGGACUUGGACCCCUUCUACAAAACACAGAAGACUUUCAUUGUGAUCACCAAAGGAAACACAAUCUUCAGGUUCAAUGCUGAACCAGCUUGCUACAUUCUAAGCCCCUUUAGUCUUGUUAGAAGAGGAGCCAUCAACAUUCUCAUACAUUCAUUAUUUAGUUUGUUCAUCAUGAUUACCAUUCUUUCGAACUGCGUGUUCAUGACGAUGAGCAACCCCCCUCCAUGGAGUAAAACUGUUGAGUAUGUUUUUACUGGUAUUUAUACUUUUGAGGCAACAACUAAAGUGCUGUCUAGAGGUUUCUGUGUUGGGUCUUUUACAUUCCUUCGAGAUCCAUGGAAUUGGCUGGAUUUCAUGGUGAUCAGCAUGGCGUAUGUCACAGAGUUUGUAGAUCUAGGCAAUGUGUCAGCCCUGAGGACGUUCCGUGUACUUCGUGCCCUCAAAACAAUCACAGUGAUUCCUGGUUUGAAAACCAUUGUGGGUGCCUUGGUACAGUCAGUAAAGAAGAUGGUAAAUGUGAUGAUCCUCACUGUAUUUGCCCUGGCCGUCUUUGCCCUCAUCGGCUUGCAACUGUUCAUGGGAAAUCUUCGUAAUAAAUGUGUCCGAUGGCCCAUCUCUACAAACAAUACAUUUGAAGAUUUCUUUUCUAAUUCAACAUUAAGUGACACCGUGGCUUACAAUGAAACAAAUUCCAACAGUACUUUUGAUUUCAAAGCUUAUAUUGAUGAUAUUGAAAAUCACUACUAUCUGGAAGGUAGCCUGGAUGCUCUUCUUUGUGGAAACAGCUCUGAUGCUGGAAAGUGCCCAGAAGGAUUCAUGUGCAUGAAGGCUGGGAGGAACCCCAACUAUGGCUACACCAGCUAUGACUCUUUUGGUUGGGCCUUCCUGGCUCUCUUCAGACUCAUGACCCAGGAUUACUGGGAGAACCUGUUUCAGCUGACUCUGCGAGCAGCCGGAAAGACCUACAUGAUCUUCUUUGUUUUGGUCAUCUUCUUGGGCUCCUUCUACCUCAUCAACCUGAUCCUGGCUGUGGUUGCCAUGGCUUAUGAUGAACAGAAUCAGGCCACUUUGGCAGAGGCCAAAGAUAAAGAGGAGGAGUUCCAAAGGCUUUUGGAGCUAAUCAGACAGCGCGAUGAACAGGCUCUUUCUGGGAGCCAGGCAACCCUUACCAGUCACAAAGCUCUCAGUCAUCACACAGGGUCUGAGUUUAUGGACGAUGAAAGGAGCGUAGGCGGGGGUGAUGAAGUCAUCAAGGAUUGUAACGGGAGAAUCAUCCCCCGUCUGGUCCUCAACCCAGUGUCUCCUGAGGAGUCUGCAGAAGAAAAUGAGCACAGAGAGAAGUCCUUGGGCUCUGUUCAUGACAUGGUUUUCCUGGAAGAACCCGGCCUGAAACAUAGAACUGCGAGUGCUAUAAGUGUUCUCACCAAUGCGAUGGAAGAUUUGGAAGAUGCACAAAAGCCUUGUCCACCUGGAUGGUAUAAGUUUGCUGACAUUUUCCUGAAGUGGGACUGCUGUAUACCCUGGGUGGUCUUCAAACAGUGGGUGAACUUUGUGGUGAUGGACCCCUUUGUAGACCUAGGCAUCACCAUCUGUAUUGUGUUGAACACACUCUUCAUGGCUAUGGAGCACUACCCCAUGACUCCUGAGUUUGAUCACAUGCUGUCUGUGGGCAACCUGGUGUUCACAGGGAUUUUCACUGCAGAGAUGGUCUUUAAGCUUGUGGCCAUGGAUCCCUUCUACUACUUCCAAGUGGGCUGGAACAUCUUCGACAGCAUCAUCGUCACGCUUAGUCUAGUGGAGUUGGGCCUGGCCAAUGUUCAGGGUCUGUCGGUCCUCAGGUCCUUCCGUUUGCUGCGUGUCUUCAAACUCGCCAAGUCAUGGCCCACCCUCAACAUGCUGAUCAAGAUCAUUGGAAACUCCGUGGGCGCUCUUGGAAACUUGACAUUGGUGCUGGCCAUCAUCGUCUUCAUCUUUGCUGUGGUUGGCAUGCAGCUGUUUGGCAAGAGCUACAAGGAGUGUGUGUGCAAGAUUGCCAUAGACUGUGAGUUGCCACGCUGGCACAUGAACGACUUUUUCCACUCCUUCCUGAUUGUUUUUCGCAUCCUGUGUGGGGAGUGGAUUGAGACCAUGUGGGACUGUAUGGAGGUGGCCGGAGCCGGGAUGUGUCUGAUGGUUUUCAUGAUGGUAAUGGUCAUUGGAAACCUGGUGGUUCUGAACCUCUUCUUAGCCUUACUACUGAGCUCGUUCAGCGGAGAUAACCUUUCCAGUGGCGAUGACGAUGGAGAGAUGAACAAUCUCCAGAUUGCCCUUGGCAGGAUAACUCGGGGAAUUGACUGGGCCAAGGCCUUUGUCAUCGGCACGGUCCGACAGAUCCUGGGCAAGAAAGAUAAUAAAGACGAGGAGGGUGAGGGAGGUGAAGGAGAGCCCCAAAAGGAAGCUUUUGAGCUGAACCACUUGGACACUGGCCAGGAUUUCCAAGUAACAGACAUGAAGUCGGACUGUUUGGUUGAGGGCAGGCCCUCAGGGUUUUAUGUGGAUUUGGAUUCAGAGGUUCGCCUCACAGUUCCUAUUGCACAAGGGGAGUCAGACUUUGAACAACUGGACGACGAUGAUGAUUCAGAGUCAGAGUCCUCAGAUGAAGACAACGAACAUGACCGACAUCUAAAGUCGACAGGUGAAGAUGGUGAUGAUGAUGAGUCCUCAGUGUGCAGCACUGUGGACUACCAGCCUCCUGAGCCCGAGGCAGAGGAGGAGGAAGAGGAGGAACCUGAGCCAGAAGAACCAGAAGCCUGCUUCACUGAAGAGUGUAUAAGAAGAUGGCCAUGUCUCACCUUCGACACUACUCAAGGAAAAGGGAAGAAAUGGUGGAACCUCCGCAGGACCUGCUUCACCAUCGUGGAGCAUGACUACUUUGAGACCUUUAUCAUCUUCAUGAUCCUCCUCAGCAGUGGAGCUCUGGCAUUUGAAGACAUUUACAUCGAAAGGCGCAGAGUUAUUAAAAUCAUCCUUGAGUAUGCUGAUAAAAUUUUCACCUAUGUCUUCAUCAUUGAGAUGCUCCUAAAAUGGGUGGCAUAUGGCUUCCAGACCUACUUCACCAAUGCUUGGUGUUGGUUGGAUUUCCUCAUUGUUGAUGUUUCCUUGAUUAGUUUAGGAGCCAACUUGAUGGGAUAUUCAGAACUUGGACCAAUCAAAUCCCUUCGAACACUCAGGGCUCUAAGACCUCUUCGAGCUCUGUCAAGGUUUGAGGGGAUGAGAGUGGUGGUAAACGCUCUCGUUGGGGCCAUCCCCUCGAUCUUCAAUGUGCUGCUGGUGUGCCUGAUCUUCUGGCUCAUCUUCAGCAUCAUGGGGGUCAAUCUGUUUGCUGGAAAGUUUUACCGCUGCAUUAACACCACAACAGAGGAGCUGUUCCCUAUGAGUGAGGUCAACAACAAGAGCGACUGUUUAGCAUUGAUGCAUGCAACCCAGGAGGCACAUUGGACCAAUGUCAAGGUCAACUAUGACAACGUUGGUCUGGGCUACCUCUCCCUGCUGCAAGUGGCUACAUUUAAAGGAUGGAUGGACAUCAUGUAUGCUGCAGUAGAUUCAAGAGAGGUUGAGGAGCAGCCUUCAUACGAGAUCAACCUGUACAUGUACAUGUAUUUUGUUAUAUUCAUCAUCUUUGGAUCCUUUUUCACUCUCAAUCUCUUCAUUGGUGUCAUAAUAGACAAUUUCAAUCAGCAAAAGAAAAAGUUUGGAGGAGAAGACCUCUUCAUGACUGAGGAGCAAUUGAAAUACUACAACGCUAUGAAGAAACUUGGCUCCAAGAAGCCACAGAAGCCCAUACCAAGACCAACGAACCAAAUCCAAGGUGUGGUGUUUGACUUCAUAUCGCAGCAGUUCUUUGACAUCUUCAUCAUGGUUCUGAUCUGCCUCAACAUGGUAACCAUGAUGGUGGAGACUGAUGACCAAAGUGCAGAGAAAGAGGAUUUUCUGUACAAAAUCAACCUCGCUUUUAUUAUAGUCUUUUCUGGAGAGUGCUUCCUAAAGAUGUUCGCCCUGAGACAUCAUUUCUUCACUGUUGGAUGGAAUAUAUUUGACUUUGUAGUGGUCAUCCUUUCUGUCGCAGGUAUAAUGCUAUCAGACAUUAUUGAGAAGUACUUUGUGUCACCCACCCUAUUCAGAGUCAUCAGACUAGCCAGAAUAGGCAGAGUUCUUCGUCUCAUUAAAGGAGCUAAAGGGAUUAGGACGCUUCUGUUUGCCUUGAUGAUGUCACUUCCUGCUCUAUUCAACAUUGGCCUAUUGCUCUUCCUCAUCAUGUUUAUCUUUUCCAUAUUUGGCAUGUCAAACUUUGCCUAUGUGAAAAAGCAGGCUGGCAUUGAUGACAUGUUUAACUUUCAAACGUUUGGUAGUAGUAUUGUCUGCCUGUUUGAGAUCACAACAUCGGCAGGUUGGGACGGGCUUUUACUUCCAAUCCUAAACAGUGGUCCCCCAGACUGUGACCCCAAUGUUGAGAAUCCAGGUUCGGAUGUGAGAGGUAACUGUGGAAACCCAGGCAUGGGCAUUAUGUUCUUCUGUAGUUAUAUUAUCGUGUCUUUCCUGGUGGUUGUCAACAUGUAUAUUGCCAUAAUUCUGGAAAACUUCAAUGUGGCUCAGGAGGAGAGCGGUGACCUGCUUUGUGAGGAUGAUUUUGAGAUGUUCAAUGAGACCUGGGAGAAGUUUGAUGUUGAGGCAACCCAGUUCUUGGACUACGAACGUCUCUCUGAAUUCUGCGAUACCUUGCAGGAGCCCUUUCGGGUAGCCAAACCCAACCGUAUUCGUCUUGUCAACAUGGACCUUCCUCUGGUUAUCGGUGAUAGGAUUCACUGUCUGGAUAUCUUACUGGCCGUAACUCAGGAGGUGCUGGGUGACACAGUGGAGAUGGCAGCCAUGCGGGAGAGCAUUGAGGCUAAGUUCAUCAUGAGCAACCCAACAUCUGCCUCAUUUGCACCUAUCACCACUACUUUGCGCCGCAAAGAGGAGGUGGCUGCUGCAGUUGUCAUCCAGAGGUUCUACCGGAAGCAUUUGCUAGAGCGCUCCAUCCGACAUGCCAGCUUCAUGAGGCGCUCCAAGCGGCUGGUAAAGAGAGAGCAAGAUGAAGAGCCACCGGAGAAAGAGGGACUGCUAGCACGAAAGAUGAACGUGCUGUAUGGGAGCAACACAAACCUUGCUGAGGAGAUGGAGCUGGCUUCUUUGCGAGCACUACCAAGCCCUCCUAUGAAAACAUCUGAGCAGAUUUCAGACUACAUAGAGCAAAGCCCGGACCAUGGGUUGGAGUCUAUUGGACCGCACCAACUGGUUGUCCCUGUGGAAGUCACAAAUGAGGUGGUGUUACACUCUGCCCCCAUCCGCAAGCUUUCAUCAUCCUUGGGCAACCUACGAGAGACAAUUGUAUAACAAACAGCACAGUAGGUCAUUCAUAAGGUGUUUAUAAUGUGAAAAACAAUGCAAUUUACUGCUCUACACUGCACAACAAGAAAGGAUUGCACAUAGCUGAUAGUGCUGUGAAUGUUAAAGUCAAGUUUAUAGAUCAUCAGACGAAAUAAAUGGGGUCAUGUUUUUCUAUUCAUAUUUUGUAAGGCCAUUUUUUGACUUUACACACUUUUCUAUUGUAUCAAGAGAAAAUAUAAGUAAGUUAGUUCACUUAAAUAUAAUGAAGAAAUAUAUCUAUUUAAAUAGAGUUUUCAAAUGAGGAGGUUUUUAAGUAGGCUGUCCAUGCAAAUGUAGUUUUGAACUGAGGAGGGUUUUCACUCCAUUUCAAAAUGCUAAAUACUAUUGAAGCACAAUACUACACAGUAUGCCCAUGAAAAACUGUGUACAAUGUAACCAAGCUAACACAGUCAGAGCUUCUCUGUGUAAAAAGCAGAGCUGUACUCUUACUUGUAUUUUGGCUCUUUCUGAAGGACCCCAGUUUACUUUGCACUAUUUAUAACUCUCCUCUCCCCAGGUCAUGUUCAAGCAGUUUAUCGUGUAGUUGUCAGAGGCACCCCUGUCUUGAGGAGUAUCCAGGCUGGUCUCAUCUUUAUGUCCAACAGGUCUAACUAACCUUUAUAGACAUGGUAUUUAUUGUCAUGUGUUUGCUCAAGUUGUUAAAACUAUAAGGCAUCUUCAAACUAUAGUAAUACAUUAAAUGUUUUCAACUCAAUUUUGUCUUGGGUGGGUGUUUAAUGUGGGUUUGAGAAAGAAUAUUUGUCAAAGUCACCAAUACUUAGUAUAAUGUUUACACAUUAGUAUGUUCAGUUAAUUAAAAUUGACUUGCUAUUAUUAUUAUUACUAAAUCAUUUUUAUUCUGUGCUUGUCUCAAAUUCAUCAGUUAACAAAUGGUGUUUUACAUAAUCUGGACAUGCAUCAACUAUUGUAUUAUUAUCAUUUUUACUAACUGCACUUUAUAACAAUUGCUACUCUUUUUGAAUUUGAAUGGACUCUUACCUCCUUUUAAAUUAUCUACAUGUAUAUGAUAACACUUCAAUGAAGCAUUAUUCAAUGCAUGUUAACUUCUAUAUUUGUUAACAUUAUGUAUACUCAUUGUAAAGUGUGCUUCAUGACCCCUUAGCACAGUAAUAAAUAUCAUAAUUUUUAAAGUGUGACUUACUGCUGAACCCUCCUGAAAUAAUUCCGUCAACUGAUAUUUUGGAACAUCAAGUUCAAGUAAUUAACGCACGCUUCUUUGAAAGCUGGGACUUUUCUCUACUAUUGAUUUGCCUCUUACCAGCUGUGUGGCAUGGCAUCAUGUGAUUGAGGUCCAAAACAGCCAUCAGUAAUUACCUACGACUCGCACUCUGGAUUCACUUUCAUUAAGCAGACAAGCUGAAAUAAUUUCAUAGAAUGAAACCUGAAUAAAUGUUUGUCCUCUCGUUGUAUCCUACAUAGUGUAUUAGUCUUUUUAAAUGUAACUAAAGAAGUAUUGGAUAGGUAAAGUAUCAUUGGUGGAAAUUAACCAUUUUUAAGUGUUAAAGUUCCAUGGAUUACAAUGUACUGUGGCUUAUCAGAUAUUGCUAUAACAUUAGAUUAAUAGAGGUGUGCGUUUGAGUGUGCUUUAGUCAUAACUAGUGGCCCUUAACACAUUUGUCACUACUUACUAGCCGUGGGACUGUCUUAUGAAAAUGCUGUAGUAAAGUCAAUACUUUCUGUUACAAAAACAAGACGAGACCCUCAGUGAUGGUAUAUGAGAAGUUUUUCUCUUUUUUUAUUGCCAAUUGUCACUGUGCAAUACUUAAAACAAAAGUAAUUUAAUUAUACAUUUCACUGUUUACAUUUAUAAAAGAGUAUAGUCAUAUUCAAUGUCUUAAUAGUAUGCUUACUAUCAACAUUGCCUGUAUAUACUUUUGGCUACGUUUUUUUUGAUAUUUUUUCUGUAUCCACUGAAUUAAAUGUAUUAUUAUUGUGAAAUUGAACCAUGCUGUUAGAAUAAAUAUAGAUUUUCAAACGUAAAAAAGGUUUGCAUCGCCAUCUAAUAAUAAAAUAUAAUACAUCAUCAUUAUGUUUUCCAUUAGGCCCUCUGCUGGUUCUCUUUAGGCAGCACAUAUGACACUCCUGUUCACACAUUCUAUUUUUACCCAAGGCAAAAAUAUGUCUGACUACAGGUUGCUAUCAAGAUCUGGUCAUUUUGGUUUUAUGCGUUUUGUUUUUUUAAUGCAUUUCAUAUUUCUUUAUUUCCUCAAUUAGUGUUUUGCAUGUACUGUUUUAUU